CGGAUCGACGAGGCAGAGUGGGAGACCAAUCACCAAUGGACUCGCCGUCAGCCGGCAUUGCCCCUAGCGUGGCGUUUCUUUAUUAGUCCCAACGCUCCAGCGCAUCAGAGCGAUUGACCUCCCUCUAUAAUUAUUUGAAAACUUUUUUUUAUAACGUCGACAUAAAUGACAAAAUCCAAUCCAAAAACCAGAGGGAUUCGGAAUUCCCUUGGUAAAUCGCAGGGAGAGAGGGAGAGAGAGUGAGAUUAACUAGUAGUAAAAGUAAAGAAUAGUGUAACAACAGACAUUCGGUGGAAAGAACUAGGAAGCCGUUACUGGAGAAAGCGACAAGGAAGAGGAAGAAUGGAAUUGACGAGUAUAAAAAACGGCGAGUGGGAGGAGGAAUGAUGAUUACAUAUGCCCAAACCGCAAGGCAACGCGGAGACAAAUAGAAUCGCCUUUCGUUAAGCCUUGUACAUGACGCUGAUUCUGCCUUCUCCGAUCUCCAUCCUUCUCCAAAUUUAAAUAUUCAUAUUCCUGUUUCUUUUUGUUCAAAAUCCUCGGUUGGAGCCAAACCAAGCCAAAAAGAAAAAAAACAAAACCGAGGUGAUUUGAAUUUGAAUCUCACUGUUACUGUGUACCCAUCUAUUUUACUUCUUUUUAAUCAAUUUUUUUCUUGAUUAUGUUUGUAUUAGAUCUAAGAGUAAUUCGAUAUAUGUGCUCGAGCUGAAUCGCCCACCGAGAUCUCCUUUCUCUUUCUCUAUAUCUGGGUUCCUGUUCUAAUCUACCUAUAUAUUGCAUGUAUGUUUGUUUUUUUGGUGCUUUAUCUUUCUUUGGAUAAUGAAAAGAUCAACUCGGUUAAGGGAAGUAAUUGGGUUUUCUCUACAACCAAUCGAGUCUGAAAGGAAUGCAAUCUCAUUGGUUGUGGCCUGUGCUUGAAUUUAGUCGAGAAAACUGGUUAGGUGUUGUCUCUUUCAGUUUUCACCGUCGGUUCGGGUGAGAUAGUAUUUCUUCUGAACCAAGCGUAUUUUGCCUCACUACAAAGAUGGAAUACUAAUCGAACAAUUCCCUUUGUAAUUACUAAGCAUCUAUAUAUAUAUAUAUAUAUAUAUGAGGGUCUAUUGUGUUACAUAGAGUCCUGAUUUGGGAGCUAUUUAUUAUGGUAUCCAUGGAAGAAUGCCCAUUGUCGCUUCAAAACGUGGAAGCGAUGCUGCCCUAAGCAUUAAAAUGGAUAUAUUUGCGUGUAUUUGAAAAUCGUAUAAAGUUAUUUAGUUGAAUCUACAAGCUAAAUGCUAUUUUGUUUAAUUCAAAGGGGAUCUCCUGUUUUCUUUAAUUGUUCAACUGUCAGCAUUGGACCGGAUUGAUGAGCGAUGCAGAGGUCACGUAGAGCUAUUCUUCAAAGAAGAGCUUUGGAGAAGGCUAUAAGUGGAAGAACUAGAUUGUACAAGGUUUCUCUUUCUUUGGUGUUUGUUUUGUGGGGGCUUGUCUUCCUUUUUAGCUUAUGGAUCAGUCACGGCCAUGGUUAUAGAGAUGAACCUGCUGUAAUUCUGGCUGGCACAUCAACUUGGGAUGAAGCCAAGGUGGGAUGUAAUGACUCAGAUACUACAGAUAAUCAUCCACCAACGGAGGCUUUGUGUACAAAUGCUGCUGAAACCAGAGGGUAUGGUAGUAAAUCAGUUGCUGAUGAUGACAGCACAAAUUAUGUCUCAGUUGAAGUGAGUAGAAAUGAUGUCUCAACUGUUGGAGAGCAACCUGCAGUGGAGAACUCCCUUUCUGCUCUGAAAUCGGAAAAUGAUGCUCCAAAGAAUGAUCGUCUCUCUCACACUGUACCACUUGGUCUUGAUGAAUUCAAAAGCAGAGCCUUUAGUACUGUAAGUAAAUCUGGAUCUGGUCAGGGUGGAAGCGUAAUACACAGAGUUGAGCCUGGUGGUGCUGAGUACAAUUAUGCUUCAGCAUCAAAGGGGGCAAAGAUUUUGGCAUUUAACAAGGAAGCCAAGGGUGCCUCUAAUAUCUUAGGUAGAGAUAAGGACAAGUAUCUUCGGAAUCCCUGUUCUGUGGAUGAGAAAUUUGCCAUUAUAGAGCUUUCAGAAGAAAUCUUAGUAGAUACAAUUGAAAUAGCUAAUUUUGAGCACCACUCUUCUAAUUUGAAGGACUUUGAGUUGCUUGGCAGUUUGGUUUAUCCAACAGAUGAAUGGGUCAAACUUGGGAAUUUCACUGCUUCAAACGUUAAGCAUGCACAGAGGUUUGUCCUUCAGGAGCCAAAAUGGGUAAGAUACCUGAAGUUGAAUCUUUUGAGCCAUUAUGGUUCAGAAUUCUAUUGUACAUUGAGUUUUGUUGAAGUUUAUGGUGUGGAUGCUGUUGAAAGAAUGCUGGAAGAUUUGAUAUCUGCUCAAGAUAAAAAAUUGUAUGUGACCGAGGAAGGAACUGGUGACAAAAAGGAACUACCCUACCAGCCAGAGCCCACAGAGAGUGUUGACCUUGAUCAAGAUAUCACAGAAACUGAAAUUACUUCUGCACAUGAAACUGUAAAAACGAAUGUGCCUGAUCCAGUAGAAGAGAUGCGUCACCAACAAGUUGGCAGGAUGCCGGGGGAUACGGUUCUCAAGAUAUUGAUGCAGAAAGUGCAUUCACUGGAUUUAAAUUUAUCAGUUUUGGAGCAGUUUUUGGAGGAAUUGGUUUCCAGAUAUGGCAAUAUUUUCAAAGAUAUCAAGGAAGAUGUAGGAGAGAAAGAUGUAAUUUUAGAAAGGAUCAGGGAGGACAUACGGAAUCUUCUUGAAAAUCAGGAAGUCAUUGCUAAAGAUGUUGGUGAUUUUAUUUCUUGGAGGUCCCUUGUUUCAUUGCAGUUGGAUAAUUUACUCAGGGACAAUGCUGUUCUCAGAUCUCAGGUUGAUAAGGUCGAGGAGAAUCAGUUUUCAAUGGAGAAUAAGGGUAUUGUGAUAUUUGUUGUAUGUUUAAUUUUUUCAGUUCUAGCUCUUGUGAGACUAUUUCUAGAUCUGGCGGUAAGUGUUUAUAUGGCAUUGAGUGUUCAUAGAACAAAUGAGUCCGGGAAAUUUUGUUGGAUGACCUCGCCCUGGCUGUUCUUGCUAUUGAGCUGUAGCACUAUUAUCUUCAUACUAUCAAUAUAAAACACAUCUUUGAGUUA